AUGCCGGGGUCGCUGCUGCUGCGAGGCUUUCUGCGCACGGGGGGCAAAGUGCAGAGAAGCGCCGAAGCGGCUCAGUCUUCGUUCGACCCUCGGCGGAGAGGAGCUGUUGCAGCCGCCGCCGUCACCAUGGCCACGCUGGUCAAGACGGUUGUCAAGACCGCUAAGGCCCCGGCAGCAUUGGGCCCCUACAGUCAAGCAGUGUUGGUAGACCGGACCAUGUAUAUAGCGGGACAGAUUGGCUUGGAUCCUUCCAAUGGGCAACUUGUACCUGGAGGAGCAAAGGAACAAGCUAAACAGGCGCUUAAGAAUAUGGGGGAAAUUCUGAAAGCGGCUGACUGUGACUAUGGCAAUGUGGUAAAGACAACUGUUCUGAUGGCUGACAUGAAAGACUUUGAUGAUAUCAAUGAAGUAUACAAGCAGUUUUUCAAGUGUGAUUUCCCAGCCAGAGCAGCAUACCAAGUCGCAGCUCUGCCAAAAGGUGCACGAGUUGAGAUUGAAGCUGUUGCCAUCAGUGGACCACUCCGGGAUGCCAAGCAUGACACUAAAGGCAACCUUUAACCCAGGCCUUGGAUUCAGUUGAGC